CUGUUGGUGCAUUGGUCGGACUUUCUAUGACGGGCACCAUUGCUCCCUGGACCGGACGAUUUUACUCGCUCUGGGACACUGGCUACGCCAAGAUUCACAUCCCUAUCAUUGCUUCCGUCUCUGAGCAUCAGCCAACGGCCUGGCCUGCGUUCUUCUUUGAUUUGCAAAUGCUCAUCUGGCUUUUCCCUGCAGGUGUCUAUCUCUGCUUCCGCCAGCUCCGCGAUGAACACGUCUUUAUCAUUGUGUAUGCCGUCUUGGCCAGCUACUUCGCUGGUGUCAUGGUGCGUCUCAUGCUGACGCUGACGCCUUGUGUUGUUGUUGCCGCAGCUGUCGCCACCUCGGAGAUCCUCGACAAUUACCUCGACUUUUCAGAAUCAGACGAGUCGCGCAUCAGGACGCCCGAGGAAAAGGCAGGUGCAUUCAAGGCAUUCAAGGGAUUGUCGUUGUCUGCGCCAUACUACGGCAUUGCUUCCUUCCCGGCCAAGCUCGGUGUCGCUGGCGUCUUUACAGUCUACCUCGUCUUGUUUGUGUAUCACUCUACGUGGGUCACCUCGAGCGCGUACUCGUCGCCUUCGGUCGUCCUUGCAAGCAGAUUGCCGGAUGGUUCCCAGUGGAUCAUUGACGACUACCGUGAGGCGUACUACUGGCUUCGCAAAAACACGCCUCGCGAUGCGCGCAUCAUGAGUUGGUGGGACUAUGGCUAUCAAAUUGCCGGCAUGGGAGACAAGGUCACGCUCGUCGAUAACAACACUUGGAAUAACACGCAUAUUGCGACGGUUGGCAAGGCCAUGUCGACUAGCGAGGAGACUGCUUACCCAAUUUUGCGCAAGCAUGACGUCGACUAUGUUCUUGUUGUCUUUGGUGGUCUCCUAGGCUACUCUGGCGACGACAUCAACAAGUUCUUGUGGAUGGUGCGUAUCGCCGAGGGUAUCUGGCCUGAUGAGGUCAAGGAGCGCAACUUUUUCACGCCCAGAGGGGAGUACAAGGUUGACAGCGAAGCCACUGAAACAAUGAAGCAGAGUUUGAUGUACAAGAUGAGCUACCACCGAUUUGCCGAGCUGUUCCCGCCUGGCCAGGCACAAGAUCGUGUCCGUGGACAGGUGAUUCCAAAUGAAAGCCCCGUGCUUGAUACCCUCGAGGAGGCAUACACAACGGAGAAUUGGAUUGUGCGCAUUUACAAGGUCAAGGAUCUCGACAAGCUCGGCCGCACCCAUCAAGAUGCUCGCCAGUUUGAGUUGGGCAAGAAGCGGCGCGUCAAGAAGCGCAACCAGAUGAAGCUCCGUGUGUAGCGUAGUCUGCCAUGUGUCAGUUGCCAUAGAAUGUCGGCCCUAGCUAUUGCCGUCGUGCUUACUGAAUUGUUCCAAGCGCGAGUCCCCUGACGUCGCAAAGUUUCGUCUACAGGACCGUGACCUGACCAGCAAACUGCUCCUUCAAUGUCCCAUGGACAAGCGGCGAGAAGAGGCUCUGCUGCCGAGACUCGGUCUGAGAGGUGUUGCUGCACUUCAAGCAUUCAGCAGUCGAGCAUCGCGCCUCUUGCCCUCGCGCAAAGCCUCACAGGAUGAUGCAAGGCCGGCAACAACGAUGCGGGAAGAGUUCCUGGAGGAAGACUUGGACCGGCUUGUACUGAGACGCGGCAGAAGCAACAGUGAGCCCGCUCUACCUAUCUGGCGUGAUGUACGCAACAGGGCCAUCACCAUGACGAAUGCCGCCGUCGUAGAUC